UGAAAAAUUCAGUCAGCAGUCGCAUGAAGAAGACCUGUGGUCUGCUUUUACUUCUCCUCCUCAUAUCACUAUGUGUUUGGUCACUCUUUCAACCCAGCACCCAUCUUGAUGCUGCUGAGGAGAACAAGAAGCUGAUAAAUCUAGAGAAGCAGGACUUGAUCGGGCUGAUAUCCAGCCUUCGUGACAGGAUCAAAGCGCUGGAGAUGAAGAAUGCAGAGGGGGUCAAACCACCGGCUCCUUUAGCUACCAACAACAAACUAACCCUGGAGAUCCAACAGGCCAUGGAGAAGUGGCUCAGUAACCACAUCAAGGAGCAGGCCGUAUUCAUGACUGAUGACAAAGGUUGUGGACAUUCGAUAGCUGACAACAUGGCCGACUUUGCCCUCGAGGUGCAAGGUGCCAGGGUGAUCACAUCCAGGUGUUCAGAGACCUAUCAUGUUGGUAGGGCGUUUGUGACCCUGUUUGGUUUCAAGAUUUGGACUGUCACUGUGGGCCCGUGGACCGCUAUUCAGGGUCUGGCGCCACUGCUCCCAGGGAGGUGUUGGUCAUUCCCUGGUGCCCAGGGAACUCUUGCCAUCACUCUCUCUUCUCCUGUUAAGAUAACACACGUGACAGUGGACCACAUAGCCCGCUACAUAUCACCCAGUGGCAGUAUCGAGUCCGCGCCCAAAGAAUUUGAACUCUAUGGAAUGAGAGACAUCUCAGGGAAGAGAACUCUUUUGGGAACAUUCACCUACGAUCAGAGUGGCGAGUCGACUCAGACAUUUCAGCUGCCUAACCCAACUGACGACAUAUAUCGUGGUGUGGAGAUGCAUGUCCUCAGUAACUGGGGACAAGCGGAAUAUACAUGUCUUUAUCGCUUCCGUGUGCAUGGGAAGAUCGCCUCCCCAUGAAUUUGAAAAUAAACUGUCCCUCUCUCUGUA